ACGCUUUCCCAACAGCCAACUAACUUUCUCAGUCCCCUCCCAUCACACUCUGCAAACUUCGCCAUUUCAAUGGCGGCCCUUACCCGCCUAUCAAAAUCCUCCUUCUCCUCCCUCUCCUCCCUCUCCCGCAUAAGCCGGUCCCUGUACUCAGGCGUCGCGCCGGAUACCUCCUCUCACGGCGCCUCGUCUUACAGCCCGCGCUUGGGGUCGACGCCCAAUCUCGCGGUGAAGGACACCAAGGACCGUAGCGUGCAGUGGGUCUUCCUGGGCUCGCCGGGCGUCGGAAAAGGCACGUACGCCAGUCGGCUCUCGAAUCUGCUCGGCGUUCCUCACAUCGCCACCGGAGAUCUCGUCCGCGAAGAGCUCGCUUCCUCCGGCCCUCUCUCCCAAGAGGAAAUAUUGGAAGGGGUGACAGAGAUUGAUUUGGUGCUCAAUCUGAAGCUCCGGGAAGAUGUGCUGCUCGAGAAAUGCCUUGGGAGGAGAACUUGUAGUCAGUGCGGAGGAAAUUUUAAUGUGGCGUCCAUUAAUGUCAAGGGCGCAAAUGGACAUCCUGCAAUUAGCAUGGCUCCACUUCUCCCCCCUGCACAUUGUAUGUCAAAGCUUGUUACUCGAGCGGACGAUACUGAAGAAGUGAUUAAACAUCGGAUUCACGUUUACAAUGAGAAGAGUCGGCCUGUAGAGGAGUUUUACCGCAGUCGAGGGAAAUUGUUGGAGUUUGAUUUGCCAGGAGGGAUCCCGGAGUCUUGGCCCAAGUUGCUUGAAGCUCUUAAUCUCGAUGAUUACAAGGAGAAGCAGUCUGCUGCUGCAUAACUUAUUAUAUUGCACCUUUAAAAGGUGAACACGCCAUUCUCUUGAUGCGUAAGGUGCUAGCUAGGGUUUUGGACAAUUUCAAUUCUUUGGACUGUUUUUCUCAUGGAGAGAAUUCAGUUAUAUUGCUUUGGGAGCGAGUCUUUCCAUUAUUAUUGUUUAGUUGAGGGGAUGAUUUAUUUACUAACAAUUUUGGCAGCAAUAAGCCCCGGUAAAGGAGGCUGAGCAUACUGUAUUCUUGUAACGUAUAAUAGAUUAAUGUAGGACAUUGCGUCCUGUGGGGCUCAAUAAAUGGUUUUGAUACCCCUCAAGUAAAACCUGUUCUUAUGAGUUUUCCAUUU